UAGACAACUCACCGCUUCGCCGAAAUGGAUUCCAAACUUCAGUCAUCGUAAAUCGAAAAGCGUUUCUAGAAAAGUUCACGUUUGAUCAAUUAUUUCACGUGGUGAUUAAAAUUAAAUUUAUUUUGCUUUUACCGUGCAAGGAAAAUGUCUGCAGAAGCAUCAGUACCUCCACCAGUACUAUGGGCACAGCGGAAAGAUGACGUUCUUCUCACAUUUAGCGUUGAAUCCAAAGAUCCAAUUAUUAAAAUAGAAAAAGAUUCCGUAUAUUUUAAGGGUGUGAACGUGCAAGAUAAAAGAAAUCAUGAAGUAACAAUCGAAUUAUAUGACACAGUAGUUCCAGAAAAUAGUGCCUACAUUAAUAAAGGUCGUUGUAUAGAAAUGGUUCUCCGAAAGGAAAAGAAAAAUGCGCCCUAUUGGCCAUCCCUCACAAAGGACAAAAAGAAGCCACAUUACCUUAAAGUAGACUUUAAUAAAUGGAAAGACGAGGACGAUGAAGAUGCUGAUGGCGGUGGCGACAACUAUGACAUCGAACAAAUGCUGCGGGCCAUGGGCCCCGGCGGUGGUGGUGAUAAGGGAGAGAAACCCUCAUUUGAUGACCUCGAGAGCGAUUCAGAUGAUGAAAAUUUGCCUGAUCUGGAAUAGGAACCUUGUAGUGUAUUUGCUUGUUUAAAUUCAAUACAUUUUGUAUAUUAAGGUUUUUACAGUUAAAAUAAAAUAUUAUACACCAA